AUGGAUACUAGUAGCCAUUUCGAGCCGUUACUCUUUGUGAAUAAAUUAGCCACGGUUGUUCUUCCUCAAGGUCUCAAAAAUAAUGACAAAAUCCACAAGUUUCCGAGUCAACUAUACGUAAGAUUCGACCAGUUUGGUGGAUAUGUUACUAUCGAUGAAUCUGAUGGUCGGGAUUUUUACUAUUACUUUGUUGAAGCUGUGAAGGCAAAGGAGUCGUUACCGCUUAUUCUUUGGCUCAAUGGAGGUCGACACGCCACAAGCAUCAAACAAACACAAGCUCUUGACCAUCUUUACAAGAUCAAAAAGUCACCUAAUUCGGCAAUCAAUACUAGUAGCCAUUUCGAGCCGUCACUCUUUGUGAAUAAAUUAGCGAGGGUUGUUCUUCCCCAAGAAGGCCUUAAGAACAAAGAUAAAAUCCACAAGUUUCCGGGUCAGCCAUACGUUAGAUUCGACCAGUACGGUGGAUAUGUUACCAUCGAUGAAUCUGAUGGUCGGGCUCUUUACUAUUACUUUGUUGAAGCUGUGAAGGCAAAGGAGUCGUUACCACUUCUUCUUUGGCUCAAUGGAGGGCCGGGGUGUUCUUCGGUUGGUUAUGGAGCCAUGCGAGAGCUUGGGCCAUUCCGUGUCAAUAGUGAUGGCCAAACUCUUCACAGAAAUAAAUUUGCAUGGAAUCAUGCGGCGAAUGUUUUGUUUUUGGAGUCGCCAGCAGGUGUAGGAUUUUCGUAUUCAAACCAGUCUGAUCGGGAUGAGUCUUAUAACUUUAGUGAUUAUGCAACCGCGGCUGACAAUUAUGUGUUCCUAUUGAAUUGGCUGGAAAGAUUUCCAGAGUACAAAGGAAGGGAGUUUUAUAUCGCAGGCGAAAGCUAUGCUGGACACUAUGUGCCUCAGCUUGCACAAACCAUUCUUCACAACAACAAGAUGGCCAACAAAACCUUAAUCAAUCUGAAAGGAAUCCUUAUUGGAAAUGCAGCAAUCAACGACCCAACGGAUAUCAUAGGGAUGUAUGAUUAUCAUCAGACGCAUGCUCUCAUGUCAGAUGAAACAAAUGAACAGAUCCAUAAGUAUUGUGACUUUUCCGAGGGACGUAGUAAGAUGCAUCCCAUGGGACCUAUUGCCUGUGACGAUGCCGAUAGAGUCGCGCAACAUAAUAUUGCUUAUAUUGACCUCUACAACAUUUAUGCCCCUGUAUGCGUCGACGGAAAUCUUACUUCUAGACCCAAGCCGAUGUCGCAGGUUAUUGAUCCGUGCAUCGAUUUCUACACCAAUGCUUAUAUGAACCGUGCAGAUGUUCAAGAAGCUAUCCAUGCGAAUGUCACAAAACUUGAUUAUGAUUGGCAAGUUUGUAGCGUGAUUUUGUUCACUUAUUGGCUUGAUAGUCCUACGACGGUGAUUCCAGUUCUUAAGGAACUCAUGGAGAUAAAUAACCUUCGUGUGUGGAUUGGUGAUACUGAUGGAAGAUUACCGGUCACGUCGACUAAGUACUCCAUCAAUUUAAUGAAUCUAUCUAUAAAGACUCCAUGGCAUCCAUGGCUUGAUCAUCAUGGGGAGAUGGGUGGAUAUGCAGAAGUUCGUGAAGGGGAUCUAACAUUUGCCACAGUUCGUGGGGCGGGUCACCAUGUGCCAAGUGACAAACCAAGGAUUUCACUUGCACUGGUUAAACAUUUCUUGACCGGAACACCUCUCAAAGAUACACUCAAGUGAUUAGGUUCAUUCGACU